AUGUAUGCAAAUAAACUAUUUGAUGUUAUUAAAGAACAUUUACCAACUGCGCAUGCAUAUGCUGAUGACACGCAGCUUUAUUUGUCGUUUAAACCAGGGAACGGUGCGAGUGAGGAAGAGAGUAUCGCAGCGAUGGAGACAUGCAUUAAGGCAGUACGUACGUGGAUGACUAAGGACAAAUUGAAACUGAAUGAUAGUAAGACUGAGUUUUUGAUUAUCGGUACAAGGCAACAAUUAAAAAAAGUGAACAUUGUCUCGCUUCCUGUAGGCGAUGUCAACAUUACACCG